AUGGAGUAUCCUGCGCGAUCUGCCACAGCCACCGGAAACUUAUUGACCGGCCACGCGGGCUUCGUUUUUAGCACACCGCUGGGCCGUCAAAUCACCGACUGGAUGAAUCAAAUCCCCAACGAUGGCUUCUUGUUCUUCCGUGGCAUGUUGGGAGCAGAAUACCUCGUCGUGGCUGGGGCUGAGGGGCUGCGUGACGUCCUCUUCACCCGUGCGUACCACUUUGAGAAGAUUAGCGCGUUCCGGCGCUACCCGCGGCGGCUUCUGGCAGGCGGCCUUGUGGUCCAGGAGGGCGACGCUCACAAGAUUCGGAGGAGGGCAGUCGGGCGGGUCUUUCAGCCGCGCAACGUGGACAUGCUUAAGCCGCUACUGUGCGUCAAGUCACAGCGUCUGGUACAGGUUUUGCGGACUGUGUGCGAGGGAUCCAAGGUCGAGAAAGGCGGCAAGGGGGUAUUACGCAGCCCCCAGAAGAAAGGCUCUGCCGUGAUAGAUAUAUGCGACUGGGCGACACGGUUCGCGCUCGAUAUCGCCUGUGUCAUGGGGUUCGGCGAGGACUUGGGCCUUGUCGAACGCUGUAAGGUCCUCCCGAUCCUUCAAGCAUAUACUACCAUCUUUACAGGCUCCAAGGAAAAUAUGAGCCAUUACGCUUGGCACACUACGGCCCCUGUUUGGCUGAGCAACAUUUUCCCCCACAAACUCGACAAGGAGAUGGAUGAGGCGAGCCGGGCCGUCCGUGGAAUUAGCCUCAAUGCGGUAUUGAAGCGUAUGGACUUGAUACGGAAGGGCGAGAAGGCAACUCAGGAUUUCCUGACCAAGGUCGUCCUUUCGAAAAAGUUCAAUUCCCAGGAAUGUGCAGACGAAUUGGUCAUCCUUAUGACGGCAGCGUGGGUGACGCUGCUAAACGCCAUAUUGAACGAGAUGAUGCGCCUGGAGCCUCUGCUGCCCAUGACGUUGCGCAAAGCGGUUCGCAACACGUCGUUUGGGGGCCACGCCGUUCGCGCCGGUACCUACAUCGUAGUCUCACCUUAUGCCAUGGGCCGGUCCCGGGCCAUUUGGGGUCCCGAGGCGUCCCGGUUUGACACUGAGCAGUUGACUGCGCCUCACAACGACGGAGAAGCCACAGUCACAGCAUCAUCUUCGACGUCUUCCCCCGAGCAGCCUGUCCGUUCGCCCCACGGGAUACUCGACGAGCACCGAGCGACCAUAUCCGGCCACCACUAUGGCAUGUUAACUUUCCCUUGCGUGGAGGUCAAGCUAGCCGGCGGUCUUGUGGUGCGAUUGCAGCCAGUGAGGUCAUGA